CCCCUUCCUCUCCGUUCUUCAUUCCAGUUUCGUGCGGUCUCUCUUCUUACGGCCGCUCUUGAACCCCGGUGCCACGAUGGUGUUCAAGAUCCUCAGCUGCUGCUUCGGAGAAGGCUCUGCCCAAGCCGAUGCACUUUCCGUCCCUUCCAGAGGGGCAGCCGCUUCCCCAAUGCUGAUCCAACCACAGCGGCCCCCUCCGAUGGAUCCCUUUGGGCCGUGGGUCCAUCCGCUCGAGACCGUUAUUCAAAUGGCCAAAGAUGAACCCGACGCUCUUGCCAUCCUCACCAACGAGAGCGACGUCCUGGAGAAAUUCAGCUACCUUCAGCUCUGGAAUCGAUCGUAUUCCAUCGCCCAGGCCCUCAAAGCUUUGCCUGAUUGGGAUGACCCUGGCCACGACACCGUCGCGCUGUUUUGCGAACCCGAAGCGCACUGGGUCAUCUAUUCGUUUGCCCUCUGGAUUCUCGGCAAGAAAAUGAUCGCAUUCGGAUUGAAUUGGCCUGCAACAGCCCGCAAGAGUCUCUGUCAGAGGCUCAAUAUCAAGUACGUGCUCUACCGUCUCAACAAGCCUGGUCGAAUCGAAGGUCUACAGCCAAUCGAUGCCGCCAGCCUGGCUUUUGAAGGGGUCGUCCCCACACCUUCCACGAGUGCCUGCGAGUCGUUCGAUGAAUACAUUGGAUACCUCAGCACCUCUGGCACGACAGGAAUUCCAAAGACCUAUCAGGUCUCCCAUCGAUUCUGCCAGACGAGCCGGCCCGCAGUUGGUGUGCCCUACGGAAGCAUAGCUGUGUUCCAGGCACCGUCGUUUUCGGCAUCCAUGGCAUCCCUGGUCUUGGUGUUCAACACCAAAGGAUCGGUUUGGUUCCCAAAGCCGACACCUAAUCCAAUGGAUAAAGCUCGGAGCGUUAUUGGCCUGCUGGAUAGAGGCCUCGACAUUGUGAUAUCGCCUCCAUCUUUCGUCAAAAUGGUUUUCAAUGUGGCAAGCACCAAGGACAAGACCCCCUGUUGGGACAAAACCAAGCGGGUGAAUUUCGCGUCCGAGCUUAUUCCCAUUUCGGUGGUUCAUCGAGCAAGGAAGUUGUGUCCAAAUGCCAUCAUCAGAUGCUCCUACGGCUCCAGUGAGACCAGUGUCAUCAACGCUGUAUCCUCAUGCAUCAUUCAGCCAUCAGAGGAGACACCUUCGCAACUUGUCUAUAAGUUGCUAAAGCCUGGUGUCCGCUGUCUCCUCUUCGAUGAGGAGGGCAACACAGUGGAUCAGCGAGUAUCUUGUAGUGGAAUCCUGGUUUUGGCGGUUGACAAGGACGACCCCAUCAAGAACCACCCCAACUUUGCGAAUUCUGAUCCCAAUGACAAGCUGGCAUCCUUUGGCUUCCUCGAGGACGGCUCGCCCCGUGUCUGCACCAUGGACUGGGUCGAAAUGAAGGGCGACCGAGAAUUUACCGUCAUCGGAAGAUUCGGCCAGAAGAUCAAGGUCAACGGUGUUUACGUCGACCUCAACGCACUCGAAGAACUGGCGAACCAGCAUAUGGGAGGGGUCCUGGCGGAUUGUGCCCUGGUCCAGACUUCUGAGAAGAAGAUUGUCAUGCUUUAUGUUCCUCGAAAGGGAUCCAAUCCGGUGCUGAGUCCCGGGGAGAUUCUUCAAAUGACUGAGGAUCUGUUUGCUCUUAAAAAUGUCGCCAAGUUCCCGAUCCACAACUGCUUCGAGCUGAGUGAGGUUCCUUUCAACGAAUCCGGAAAACGCGACCUCAAGAAACUGAAGCGUAUCGCGGAGCGAGCUGAUCACUACGGCAUGUCUGUCUCGUAUCCAAUCCUGGAUGUCAAUCGCACGGCACUAUCUCGCAUCGCAACAAAGAUUUCUCGCCUUGGAAGCCAGAUUCUCGAUAUCGAAGCAUUGGACGGCCGCAACUACUACAUCGGCGGUGUCGGCUUUGACUCGCUGAGUGUCGGCCGUCUGGCCCUCGCCAUCAAGGACGAGUUCAGUGUCGAAAUCUCGCCACUUAUCUUGCUGUCGAACGGAAUGACACCGACUGAUGUCGCCCAGCUGGUUGUCGACAUCCUCGACAACAAGCCCCUGAUUCCCCCGACCGUCCAUCUGGCUGCCGAAGCCGCCAAGCUCGACGAUGCGAGUGUGACGGCCGAGGGUCUCCCUCCGUUUGUCUAUCCCAAGGACCCUCGCGGCAUCGUCCUGACCGGUGCCACUGGCUUCCUCGGAGCAUUCCUGAUCUUUGAGCUGGCCCACAAGUUCCCUCAGGCCAAGAUCUACUGCCUCGUGCGGGCUCCGACCGAGCAGGUGGCUGUCGAGCGCAUCAUCAGCACGGCUCAGAAGCUGGUCCUCGAUCCGAGCCAGAGAGCCUUUCUUGACCACAACCUCAAGUCUCGACUCGUUGGACUGUGCGGCAACCUGUCGCAGGACAAGUGGGGACUCUCGGACGAGCGAUGGAAGGAGAUCAGCGAGGAGACCGACAUGAUUGUCCACAACGGCGCCGAGGUCCACUGGCUGUAUGACUACGAGCGACUCAAGGGACCCAAUGUCCUCAGCACGGCAACGGCAUUGCAACUGGCCACAACUCAUCACCUCAAGGUGUUGCACUACAUCUCGACCAUCGGCACCAUCCCGAUGGCCAAGAAGGCAGACAAGCCGCUCGAGGAGAAGAUCUACUCGGCCUGGAACAUCUCUGGCGGGUAUGGCCAGACCAAGUGGGUCUCUGAGCAGCUGGUCAACAAGGCACGAUCGAGGGGAGUGCCGGUGACCAUCAUCCGCCCAGCCGGUAUCGUCGGCGACAGCCAGUACGGAGUGAGUAACUCGGACGACUACAUCUGGCGGUAUGUUAAGGGAUGCAUUCAACUCGGUAUUGCUCCCUCGCACGCCACUCCCGUCACGAUGACCAUGGAUCCCGUCGACCAUGUCGCCAAGGUGGUUGCCGAGAUUGCUGGCUCGGAGGAGGCUUUGUCCAAAUUUGUGUUCCAUGUCAGCGACUCUGAGUACAGCGUCAUCACCGAAACCAAACUAUUCGAAAUCGUCAACGCCCACGGGUGGCGUGUUCUAUUCGAAACUCGCGAGCAGUUCAAAACAUUGUUGGUCGAAAACACAUCACUUGAAACAAACGCACUCUUCCCCUUGAUGCAUAUUAUGAUGGAUAUGUCAUUCAAGAUCGACAACAGAAAUACUCAAGCCAUUUACCCGACUCCAAGCCCGCGCGCGGUGCAGGUCACUCGAAAGUGUCUUAGUUACCUUUACCAUGCUAAAUUUCUGCCUGCUCCUCAAAACCCUUCUUCCGACAUCAAAGAAGAAGAGUUCCCCGAAGUGAGCAUCUUUGGGCGAACAGGCCGGCAUUGAAGAACAAAGACCUGUGCUGUAUUGAGCAUAGUUACCAAGUCUCACUCCCCCCCCUCUCUCGAUUAUUCGGCAUCCCGUUGCAAUUAGAAAGAGAGGAUUUCACCUCACCAAAAUCCUCUUAUCCCAAACGAGCGUGCAAAAGUUUGCUGUUUGGGAGUCCAUUAGAUAUUCGUCCUCCGUCGUAGCUUUGUUUUACUUUCAUAUUCCUUUCAGCA